GCGGAGGGGCAGCGCGCGCUUCAUCGACGGGGAGCGACUGACUGCGGCUGCAGAGCCCACGGGCACCAUGGGUGACAUCCCAGGGAUUAUUAAUAUCAGGUUUUAACGGGAAAGUACUGGAAAUGGCUGAAAGGCUGGAGUGGGUGGAGAUCAUCGAGCCGCGCACGCGGGAGCGCAUGUACGCCAACCUGCUGACGGGCGAGUGCGUGUGGGACCCGCCGCAGGGCGUGCGUAUCAAGCGCUCGGGCGAGGACCAGUGGUGGGAGCUGUUCGACCCAAACACGUCGAGGUUCUACUACUACAGCGCAGCGUCCCAGCGCACCGUGUGGCACCGGCCCCGCGACUGUGACAUCAUCCCACUUGCCAAGCUGCAGACUCUCAAGCAGAGCGCCGAUGGCGAGCCCAUUCCCGCCUCUCCUCCACGGCAACAGCGCCAACCCCCCCGCCGCCGACGCGCCUCUGCCGACAGUAGCCCUGGCCGGGGCAGUGCAGUCAGCACCUCCUCCUCGCUGGACCAGGAGCUGGCAGACAAGCAGAGCACCACCACCACCAAUGCAGAGGGGGAAAGGACGUCCCCAUUCCGCUGGAAUACUGGCACCAAGGAGCGAAUGCUGAUCAAGGUGACAGACCGCGACCCCAGCUUCCUGUCCCAGCAGGAUGACGGCUUCAUCCCAUGCGAGGGGGGCCCCGCCGGGGGUGGUGGUGGCGCCCUGUCCUGCUCCCGCCGCUCCUCGGGGAACCCAGACCCUGACAGCCCCCCCGUUCUCUACCCCGACCGGCGCCAGUCUCCCUUUCUGAAGCGGGCGGACCUGCUGGGGUCGCCGUUGUCUCGUGGCGAGGGGGGGGGCGGCACCUUCCGCCGACCCUCUGCUGACUCGCAGCCGCCCUCCCCUCGCUAUGGCUAUGAGCCACCGCUCUACGAAGAGCCGCCCCCGGAAUGCCAGGCCCCGCCCAUCUACGAGGAGCCGCCAGCCGACAUGCGCAGCGAAGCUCUCAAAGCCUCCCCAGCCCGCAAACCCCAACCAUCGUCCUCCUUCUUCCACUCCCCCAAGCAGGCCCAGUCCCCCUACCAGCAUCUGGUUCUGACCCGGCAGCGCGGCUCUGAGGCAGCACAGACCCUGGAGUACAGCCCGGCAGGCAGGGAGUAUGUCAAGCAACUGGUGUAUGUGGAGCAGUCGAGCUGCAGCCCCCGCUUCCGCACGGUGGACCGGCCAGCCCGCUACCAGGCAUCAGCAGGCUAUGGUGCCCCUGGUGGCUCACACACGCUACAGCACAGCCAGUCGCUGAUCCGUGACCCGCGCUCACUGCCCGACCCGGAGCCAGGUGAAGCGGUGAGAAGCGGCCACCAGAGGGGACCGUAUGAGGACGCCGCAUCCUGGGCCUCCGUGCCGGGCCAUGGCGGCUACUCGCCGGGCGGUCACCGCAAGCGCAAGACCCGCAAGCCCUCGCUCCCGCCGGAGGUGCUGGCGCACUGUGGGGAGGUCGUGGCGGGCGGGCCGGACUCACCCCGGGCGUUUGCGGCUGACGUGGCGGCGGCUCAGGCGCGGUUGGCCUGGGAAGCGCAGCAGGUCCACCUGAUGAAGCAGCGCAGCAGCUGGGAUUCGGGGCAGCCUGGCGGCGGCGGCGGUAGUGGAGGCGGCGACGGGUACGAGAGCGAUGGCGCUAUGCCUCCGCCCCUGCCCGGGCCUGUGGUGCGGGCCUUCAGCGAGGACGAGGCGCUGGCCCAGCACGACGGACACCCCUGGAAACGUGGCGCCUUUGAGAAGCUGGGCUUCCCCCAGGCGCUGCUCGAGAAGAGCCUGUCCAUGCAGACAAGCCUGGCCUCCCCCGAGCCCUACCUGCACCCCUCGCAGUCGGAGGAUCUGGGUGCGUGUGCCCAGUUUGAUGCCCUCAGGAACACCCGCAACAUGAUGGGCAGUGCCAGCUGCGGAGUUUUCCCCGAGUUCAGCCUGCGCAAGCCGUCCUCCGAGACGGACAUUGAGAACUGGGCAUCCAAGCACUUCAAUAAGCACACGCAGGGUCUGUUCCGGCGUAAGGUCUCCAUCGCUAACAUGCUGGCGUGGAGCAGCGAGCCCAUUAAGAAGCCCAUGAUCGUCACCUCAGACCGCACCGUGAAGAAGGAGGCCGUGGAGAUCUUCAAGCUCAUCCAGAUGUAUAUGGGCGACCGGCGCACCAAGCUGGAACCUCUGAGUGUGGCGCUGGAGAUCGUGGUACGCGGCUGGAGCUGCCAAGGUCUCCGUGACGAGCUCUACAUCCAGCUGUGCCGACAGACCACGGAGAACUUCCGCUAUGACAGCCUGGAGCGCGGCUGGGAGCUGAUGGCCAUCUGCCUGGCCUUCUUCCCACCUACGCCCAAAUUCCACUCCUACCUGGAGGGAUACAUCUACCGGCACAUGGACCCGCUCAAUGACACCAAGGUGAUGCAGCACAUUAGCCAGCUGCUGGUGGCCUGGGACCAGAGGAGGCACAGACUGCGGCGGAAGGGCAAGUGCACCGGGGAGCCGGCCGAGGGCGUGGCCAUCAGCAGUUACGCUAAGUACUGCCAUCGCAAGCUGCAGAAGGCUGCUUUGACGGGUGCCAAAAAGGGCCUGCAGAAGCCAAGCCUCGAGGAGAUCGCACACGCCUGCACCGCCAUCUUCAGCCCCUCCAUGUUUGGCAGCACGCUGGAGGAGGUCAUGGCUCUGCAGAGGGACCUCUACCCCGACCGGCAGCUACCUUGGGUGCAGACGCGCCUCUCCGAGGAGGUGCUGGGCCUCAAUGGGGACCAGACUGAGGGUAUCUUCAGGGUCCCCGGUGACAUCGACGAGGUGAACGCCCUCAAGCUCCAGGUGGACCAAUGGAAGGUGCCCACGGGCCUGGAGGACCCACAUAUCCCAGCCUCCCUGCUCAAGCUGUGGUACCGGGAGCUGGAGGAGCCGCUUAUCCCUCACGAGUUCUAUGAAGACUGCAUCUCAAACUAUGACAGCCCCGAGGCUGCCGUCGGGGUGGUGCUGGGGCUGCCUCACAUCAACAAGCUGGUGCUGUGCUACCUCAUCCGCUUCCUGCAGGUGUUCGCCCAGCCCGCCAACGUGGUCAUCACCAAAAUGGACAUAAACAACCUGGCCAUGGUGAUGGCGCCCAACUGCCUGCGCUGCCAGUCGGACGACCCGCGGGUCAUUUUCGAGAACACUCGCAAGGAGAUGUCCUUCAUCCGCAUGCUGAUCCAGAGGCUGGACACCAGCUUCAUGGACGGAGUCCUAUAGCUGAUGCGAGAUACACGCACACACACACACACACACACACACAGGGUCCUGCAGGGUCACGCAUAAGCAUGUGCACAGAGGAGCAUAGGGUCACGUGAGUGUUCACCUUCCCACCCACACACACACAAACACACACACACAAAAGUGCCAUCUUUGAUAUUAACAUGUCAAGACAAAAGCCGAUAUCAAAGACACCGAACAUUGUUUUCCAGAAUGCAUCCGCACGCACAUGCGCUAAUAUUGCAAUAUUAUCGUUAUGUCACCAAACCACAAAGGGACAGUUGGACACACAGACAGGCAGGCAGGUGACUCCGAUUCCAGUUCUGUACAAACCCUAUCCUGAGGGAAGCUGCUGUUGUACCCUUAGGUGGGCACUUGAUCUGGACUGGCUUAGCUGAAAAGGGUCUGUCUAAAUAUGAGAUUUACAGAGUGACUCACAGGCUUCUGCAAAACAGAAAUGACGUCAGUGAGAGAGGAGGACACUUUCUGUAGGCUUUUAAUGGGGGAGGAGGAGCUUCCGUUACUUCCAAGGACCAAUGCUGUCGGAGGAAUUCUGCAGGAUUCCCUCUUUAUUUCCUCCCGUAGUUUAAGCUGUUUAAGUACGAUACAACAGGGUGGUGUCGGUAGUUUGGUUACCGAGGCCCGGUGGGUCUGCCGUUAAGCCAAGCUCCAGGUUUGCUCAGGUUCCAGGACCCCCAGCCUUCACCUGGGCCCGGCUUGCGUUUGCUGGGUCAUCGAAGUGGUAGCUUGAAUCGUGGGUCAGGUUUUGACUGGCACUAUUAAGCUCAUAGCUGAAUUUCACUGCUGCCUGCCUUAUACCGUCCUGUCAGUCCUAGCUAAUUGGCCACCGUCUCACAGCCUUGAUUCAGUUAUCUGACUCUAUUCCCAGAAACUCCUUCCCAUCCCAUAUCCUGAUAUUCCAUUCCAUAGUGUGCUUUAACGUCCCAUAUCCUGAUAUUCCAUUCCAUAGUGUGCUUUAACAUCCCAUCCAUCAAUCCAUUUUCCAAACCGCUUAUCCUACUGGGUCGCGGGGGGUCCGGAGCCUAUCCCGGAAGCAAUGGGCACGAGGCAGGGAACAACCCAGGAUGGGGGGCCAGCCCAUCGCAGGGCACACUCACACACCAUUCACACACACACACAUGCACGCCUAUGGGCAAUUUAGCAAGUCCAAUUAGCCUCAGCAUGUUUUUGGACUGUGGGGGGAAACCGGAGUACCUGGAGGAAACCCCACGACGACAUGGGGAGAACAUGGGGAGAACUCCACACACGUGACCCAGGCGGAGACUCGAACCCGGGUCUCAGAGGUGUAAGGCAACAGUGCUAACCACUGCACCACCAUGCCGCCCCGCUUUAACAUCCAUAUCCCGAUAUUCCAAUCCAUGGUGUGCUUUAACAUCCCAUAUCCCGAUAUUCCAUUCCAUGGUGUGCUUUAACGUCCCAUAUCCCGAUAUUCCAUUCCAUGGUGUGCUUUAACGUCCCAUAUCCUGAUAUUCCAAUCCAUGGUGUGCUUUAACAUCCCAUAUCCUGAUAUUCCAUUCCAUUGUGUGCUUUAACGUCCCAUAUCCCGAUAUUCCAUUCCAUGGUGUGCUUUAACAUCCCAUAUCCCGAUAUUCCAUUCCAUGGUGUGCUUUAACAUCCCAUAUCCUGAUAUUCCUCUGUUCUGUUCCAUUACAUUCCAUGACUCACAUUUUGUUCUCUUAGACAUUCCAUUCCACUUCUAACACAAAGCUACAAGUAAACUGCCUUAGUUUAUGAUGUCGUUAACAGUUACGUACUUAGUGACAAGAGUCCAUAAAGUUUGGUUUGAACUGAGUGAAAACUGGUCUGAUGGUUUAAUUAGCACCAGGACAUAGUGAAAUACAGGAAUCAGCUAUUUUACAUGACAUCACAAAGUACACGGAAAAUAUUUUUAAUAUGUCAGAGUGAAAAUAUAUUAACUGCCACUUUUAUGUAUAAGAUUUAUACAUUUAAAGGGUGUUUCACAGUAUGAAUAUUCAGAAAUGAUUUUACAGGAAACCUGCAUAGUAAAUCCACAGUUAGUAUAUUUUGGACUUCACGUUUCAGAAACGGUUUCAUACAACAUAUUUCUUGUACUGUACAAUGCGCCGUUACACGACGGAUUUCGCUGAAAUGCCCCAUCUAGUCUGCUGGUCAGUCUGUCUGAUUGUGAGACAGCCAGGCUCUCGUGAGCCUGUUUAAGGUGAUUAUGUGGUAUGGGUGUCAUUUUUAUAUUAUUACUGGAAUUGUUUAUAAGAUUGUUGUUUUUUGGAGGGUUUUACAUUUUUUUCAGGGACUGUUUAGUUGAUCCAUCUCGACAGCUCUGGCAAAUGCAUUUUUAGCACGUGAGAACAUGGUUACAUUUGGCUACGAUCCUAUGAUGUGUGAGAAAACUCCCACGUGUGUCCUGGAGUGUUUCACCAGGUGUCAAAGGCAUCACACUUGAUGUCAGUACAUUGAUAUAUAAAUGGGAUGGGGAGGCCACGCCCCUGCCAUUUUUUCUCUAGAACCUGAUUGGUCAGCAUAUCCCCACCCACAGUAUAGCCACACCCCACAAAUUAGGAGUAUCAUAAUAUGUCAGUUGGGCAGCUCUUGUUAUACAAUGAGCCUGACAGCUCUAUGUUCAUUUUAAGUUAUUUACAGGUUUGUAAAAAGUAAAUCAUCUGUGAAUAACACAUGUAAAGAAAGUUUAAACCAACACAAGUCAAGAGAACAGGGUUUAGAUCUGCAGAUAUGAAGUGAAUAAUGUGUUAUUGUGUCUUUUUUUGUUAAUAUAUGAAAAAUGAAGAGUUAAAGAGAUAUGAAUUCAAAUCUAUGCCCUUGUGGGUCUUUAUGAGAUGGUUCUGAAUAUCUACAGUACACCAUUCUGUUCAAAGUUGCAAGAUGUCUUUUCAAUGUGUAACCCGUGUGUCUGCCAUUGAUCUCAGAGUCGCCAUAGCAACGCACAUGCGCUACACAGUGCCUGAGUCUAAACUGCUGCCUGUGCUGGUAUGUACAUCUCAGUCUGUACAAUAACUCACUGAAGGGGCGCUGCUUGUGGUGACGGGUGUGGGGGGGGUGCAGAUUCUGGGUGGAGGUCCUCACAGCUGGCAUCCGUGGAGUACACUGAUGCCUCGGAGUCACCAGUCGGUUCCAUGUUUUAAACAAAAACAGGCAACGGUUUAACAAGUUAGAAAUGUAACUGGAAAAAAAAAAUCUUUUAGCUUUUUAAAAUGUUUCCAAAAAUGUUUGUGUUAUUUAUUUAGUAUAUUUCCUGUACUUUUUUUAUUGUCACUCCUGUUGAUGUUCGUUUGACUGCCAAUACCCAUAUUGUUAUGACAUAUAUAUAGUUAUUAUUGAUUAUAAACAGAAAGGCAGCAGAAAUACCCCCCCCCCACAGUGACCCCCUGCUGCCGCUUUAUACACUCCCAUUCCAAAGGUUUCUGUUUUACAGAAAAAGGACACUCUCUCCUCGCCCUCCGUGUGAAAGCAGCAGUUAAGGGAGGAAACAGGACAUUAUUUAAUAAAAGACUGAAAUAUGA